AUGGCAACCCCGAACGGAAAGAAGAAGAUUUCAGUUGACGUAAUAUCUGACACUGUCUGCCCUUGGUGCUAUGUCGGCAAGCGCCGGUUGGAGCGAGCCAUGGCCCGCUUCGCCGACCGAGCAGACUUCACGGUACGCUGGCUGCCCUUCCAGCUCAACCCGGACGCUCCAAAGGAAGGCGUAGUGAAGCUGGAAUUCUACAACCAGAAGUUUGGUGCGGCGCAAGUGGCGCAGAUGAUGCCACGCAUGGCCAGGACCUUUGCAGAGGAAGGCCUUCAGUACAGCGUAGGCGGACUCCUGGGCAACACGCUAAGUAGCCACCGGCUGAUCGCUUGGUCGGAGCAGUUUGGUGCAGACAAGCAAAAUGCACUGGUGGAGGAGCUCUUCCAGAACUAUUUCUGCCAGGAGAAGCACAUCAGCGACCGCGGGGUGCUGCUGGCGGCGGCGGUCCAGGUAGGCCUGCCAGCCGACGGCGCCGCGGCGGUCCUGGACGACCCACAGGCGCACCUGCAGGAGGUUCAGCAGCAGCUGGCCAGGGGGCGGGGUGUGGGGGGCGUGCCGUUCUUCAUCAUUAACAAGAGCUACAAACUCUCUGGCGCGCAGCCUCCGGAGCAUUUUGAGGAGGUGUUUGAGGAGAUUUGCAGCCGCUGAAUGCGAUGGCGUGGCUGAAUGCGAUGGCGUGGCUGCUCCGCCUUCCAGUGCUGUCCUCCGGCAACCAUUAGAAGUGCUGCUCUGACCUCCGGACGCUGGAAGUUAUGUCGUAGUAUGUAUGGGUUCCAAGCCCAGGCUACUAUACACGUUUCCAGUUUCGGAGGCUCUGCGUGUGGCUUGUCAAGGCGGCAGGCAGGGGCCUACUUGAGGAUGCGCAGGCGCUUUAGGACGGAGCCGGGGUCGGGCCAACACGCGGGGUGGGAGGGUGUCAUCAUUUUUCCCCACACAGGGCGAAGGCGGUGCAGGAUGAUGGAAUUGUCGAGCGUAUGUACAUUAAUAAUCUCAGUGGGUUUUGUUGCACGCUUUUGGAGCCAUGAGACGGCGUGUAUGGAGAAAUGGACGACAAAGGAACGACGGCCAAAAAGCUGGUCAACGUCCUGAAGAGGGAAAGGCUGUGGGUGUGCAGGUGGUUUGCUGGUUGCUGUUAUUACGAAAGACUCGGUUUGGACGAGCAAACGAGUCAUCCGCAACCUUUCUAUCCGAGCAGGGAGUAGGCGCGUGUGUGGUCCACAGGCCCGUGAGACGUUUGUUUUAUAGUGGCAACGUGGCAACGC